UCAGAGCCAAAGAGGCAAGGAGGCUCGGCAGUCCCCGAACCCUGGACAUCCCAACUCAGGCCGACUGCUUGCCUCUCUCUCCGCAGAUCAGCCCGGUCAACCACCCCCCCGCUGCCGACUUGUCGGUCCCAUCUGCUCGCUCUGUUGCAUGAUAUGUGA